CAGAAAAACAAGAUAAAACCAGAUCCUUGAUUUGGACUACACUCACUGCAGAGAAGCAUCAAACACAACUGACCAAUCAGGGGGCACAGAUUGAACAUGUGGUCCCGAACAGAAAUGACAUGGGGAGAAAAACUGAGGUUGAUGUGCCAUCCCACUUGUCAGAGCUAGCGUAGAUGCAAGGGAUAUUCCAGAAGUGACCAAAGACAGUCAUCAUGUUACACUCAGCUAGACGAUUGACUUCAAGAUACUGGAUGUAUCAGAGGAGGGUACAGUUUCCCCAGACUAUCAUAGAGCAGAGUUCUGUUUGGAGGAAGUAUGGAUCAGCUGUCAGCACAACUGCACAGGGGCAAAAUGGACCGACUUCAGAUAGAAGACGAUCAGAUGAGAAGAAAACAUCUCUGGUGAUAUUUGAUAAAGAUGGCACCCUGAUUUGUUUUCACUCCAUGUGGUCUCCAUGGGCCAAAAGACUGGCAACAAGGCUUGAGGAAGCAUCUGCACUCGAUAUUUCUGACAAAGUGUUUGAAAUUUUGGGGUACUGUGAUCAGACGAACACAGUAAGACCUGGAUUGCUAGCUGAGAGCACAACUCCAAUUAUCAAGGAUGAGCUGACAAAGCUGUUAAUAAGUGAAGGAUUCACCACAGAGGCUGCCCGUAAUCUUGUUAUCAGAAACUGGGAAGAAGGAGACACCAGUAAUCCUACAUCACUCAGAUCUUUAGCAGAUCUGAAGACCUUGUUCAAAAUACUGAAAACCAACGAUAUCAAGGUGGCCAUCUGCACGGCUGACUCCAGAAAGGGAACAAUGAGUGCUUUGAAACAACUUGGUAUCCAUAGAUAUGUGGACAUGAUUGUGUGCGGGGAUGAUGCUGGGAUGCAGCCCAAGCCCUCUGCUCACAAUGCAAACGUUAUCUGUAAUGUACUGGGUGUGGAUCCUUCAGAGGCUGCCAUGGUGGGAGAUACCCAUGCCGAUGUGGGCAUGGGAAAAGCAGCUAAGCUUGGCAAAAGUAUUGGAGUUUUGAGUGGGGUUGGAAAGUCACAUCAUUUGUCUAAGGAUGCUUCACACAUUAUCAGAAGUGUCACCGAUUUAUUGCCAAUCGUUCUGCCAACAAAAGCAUGGAAAGACUACUACACCUACUCAUCCUUUGACCGUAUUCUUGUGGAACCAUUGUCCUUAGAGGAAGCCGUUAUUGAUUGUGAUGGCAGUAAUGCACAAUAUCCUGUUUUCAACCGCAAGGCCUCUCUUAUUAUAUUUGACUUGUGUGGAACAUUAAUCUGUGCUCAGUCAAGAUGGAUACCGUUUGUUGAUCAGGUUCUAGAACAGUUAUCCACAGAAACAGACUUGAACAUUCCUCUGGAUAAGGUGUAUGAGUUUUUGGGUGUCUGCCGGGACACACAGAAAAUCCAAGAUGGUGUUCUCGGGCAAGGGACCAUAGUACAGAUCAAGAGGAAACUUGUGGAAUUGCUGAAGGGCGAAGGAUACUACCAUGACGAAGCUAUCAUGUUUGUUAACAGGGUGUUGAAGGAAUGUCGCCCUCUGACAGAUAAAGGAGUGAAAGCAUUUGACGACCUUGGUGACCUGUUCAGAGCUUUGAAGAAAAAUGGCGUGAAAGUGGCUGUGUGUACAUCUGAGAAUCGAGAAGACUCCCACACAUUGUUGACAAAUCUGGAGGUGCGCAAAUUUGUAGAUGUCAUGGUUUGUGGGGACGACCCUAGUUCACAACCUAAACCCUCAGCCCACAAUGCUCUGAUGAUCUGCACAGAACUGAAGAUUGAUCCCUCAGAAACUAUAGUUGUUGGAGAUUCUGUGGGCGAUCUCAGAAUGGGCAAAGAUGCGAAAGUGAAGGCAAGCAUUGGCGUCCUCAGUGGAGUUAGUUCCAAAAAUGAUCUUGAAGAAUUAGCAGACUAUGUCAUUCCGAGUAUAAAACAUAUCAUUGACCAUGCAUUAGAAAGACCUCCGGGAGGUUUCAGUGAAGCUAAACCCUCAAGACUUCUCAGCUUGAACACUGUCAGCAGUUCAUCCCCGAGGCAGUAUCAUACCAUGUACACUCAACCAAGACGACAGUACUCCACUUCCAUGUCACUGAACCCAGAGGCGAAGGAGUAUGACUACGUCAUUGUUGGUGCCGGAUCAGCAGGCUGUGUCCUUGCGAAUCGUUUGUCCGCAGACCAAAACAACAAAGUUCUCUUGUUAGAAGCGGGUCCUAAAGAUAACACGUGGACAAUCCAUAUGCCAGCUGCCUUGAUGUAUAACCUGUGUGAUGAUCAAUAUAAUUGGUACUACCACACUGAGCCAGAGACCUACAUGGACAACCGGCAAAUGUAUUGGCCAAGAGGUAGAGUCUGGGGAGGCUCAUCAUCUCUAAAUGCCAUGGUCUACAUUAGAGGACAUGCCUAUGACUAUGACCGAUGGGAGAGAGAAGGGGCCAAAGGCUGGUCGUAUGCGGAUUGCUUGCCUUACUUUAAGAAAUCCCAGACACACGAGUUGGGUCCGAAUACUUACCGUGGAGGUUCAGGACCGCUGUAUGUAUCCAGGGGGAAAUCCAACAACCCUCUGUACAAGGCUUUCAUAGAAGCUGGUGUUCAGGCGGGUUAUCCCUUCACGGAUGAUAUGAAUGGUUACCAACAAGAAGGCUUUGGCUGGAUGGACAUGACGGUGUAUCAGGGCAGACGAUGGAGCGCAUCCUCCGCAUAUUUGCGACCAGUUUUGUACCGAUCCAACUUAGACACCGAAACAAAUGCCUUCGUGAGUCAUUUGUUGUUUGAAGGAAGCCGUGUUGUGGGACUUGAAUACGAACAGACUGGACAAGUUCAUCAUGUGAGAGCCAGCAGGGAAGUUAUCUUAAGCGGUGGCAGUAUUAAUUCUCCGCAGAUCCUGAUGCUGUCUGGUAUUGGCAAUGGAGACGACUUGAAAAAGCUGGACAUCCCCGUUAAGGUUCAUUUACCUGGGGUUGGGCAAAAUCUGCAGGACCAUCUUGAACUGUACGUUCAGCAGAAAUGUACCCAGCCGCUUACCCUGUAUGGUGCCCAAUGGAAAUUCCCUCACAACAUGAUUCAGAUAGGGUUGGAAUGGUUUACAAAUUCUACGGGCCUCGCCGCCACGUCUCACUUGGAAUCGGGUGGAUUCGUCAGAAGUACUGACGAAGAUCACCCUAAUAUCCAGUUUCAUUUCCUGCCCUCGGUUGUUGUAGACCAUGGCAGAAAGAUGGGUGACUGUCAUGCCUACCAGGUACAUGUCGGACCGAUGAGACCAACGAGUUCUGGGUUCGUCAAUAUUCUAUCAAAGGACCCACGACAACACCCCGUCAUUGUCGCCAACUACUUGUCCACGGAGUUUGAUCGCAGAGAAAUGAGAGAUUGUGUUAAAGUUGCACGUGAAAUAUUAGGGCAAAAGGCGUUCGAACCUUAUCGUGGGGAGGAACUUCAGCCAGGCCCUGAUGUACAGACAGACUCUCAGCUGGAUGCGUUCUGUCGCGCACACUCUGACAGCGCAUACCAUCCCUCGUGUACCUGCAAGAUGGGGAGGGAGUCGGACCCGAUGGCUGUGGUGAACCACGACACCAGGGUGUUUGGUACCGAGGGACUACGUGUUGUAGACGCGUCCAUAAUGCCUAGUGUCGUCAGCGGCAAUCUCAACGGACCAGUGAUAAUGAUGGCGGAAAAAGCGGCAGAUACAAUCCUCGAGAAACAGUUGCUCCCUCGAGAGAAUGUGCCUGUGUGGCAACCAUCGGCCGUCCGUUCUCAGCAGCACCGGGCAACCGUCAGAUAAAACUUUGGUCUACAGGUGGUGCCUACCAUAGAAUGCUACCUAACUAUCAUUACCAGCUCAAAAAACCUGUCACAGCAUGCGGACUACCCGUUAGUUUUUUUACACCAUGCCAUGGGAGAUACGUUCAAAACGUUAAAAAUUGUGGCAUUUAUUGUGUCAUUAACCAUUUGAAGCACUUUUGAUAUCUAGCCAUUCCAAUGCAUUACUUUUUUACCUGUAUAGCGAAUGUUCGUUAUACAUCUUAUCUUUAACUAAGUGCUACUCAAGAGAAUAUUUUCAUCAAACAGGACAAUGAUGUAACGAAAACUUGAUAACUUACCUCUAUUGUUCUGAAUAGUGCUAUAUGGAUGUGCUUGGUAACAUUGUACGUAAAGCGGUUAUAAUUUUACUUGAAUGUUAUUCUGUUGUCAUAUAUUUUAUGUGUGGGGGCCUCCGUGGCUCAGUUGGUUAGCUGGCUAGUCCAGCGUAAUGACCCAGGAGUCUCUCACCAAUGCGGUGGCUGUGAGUUCAAGUCCAGCUCGUGCUGGCUUCCUCUCCGGCCGUACGUGGGAAGGUCUGUCGGCAACCUGCGGAUGGUCGUGGGUUUCCCCCCGGCUCUGCCCGGUUUCCACCCACCAUAAUGCUGGCCGCCAUCGUAUAAGUGAAAUAUUCUUGAGUAUGGCGUAAAACACAAUCAAAUAAAUAAAUAAAUAAAUAA